UCCGAAAUAUAGCAAACUUAGGGAUAGGCUUCUAGUUCUAGUUUUUGGGAGGGAAAAUGUACAAAAUUUCUGGGUUGUAAGGUAAGACUGGGAGGAGGAGAAUGGCUGGCCGAUCGGAUGAGGACUGCGAACCUAAUUCGCGUAGCCUGAAGCAGCGCGAGUUGGCGACCCGACGGAUACUGUUCUGGUCGCAGCGUCUGCUGCUGUCACCACUGGAGGUGGAGAACAUGACCCAAGAGGAGCUCAACCACCAGCUCCAGGUAGUCAAGAAAAAAGAGAAGGCCCUGGAGGAGCGCCAAGCCGACUUCGAGCGGUGGAAGCAGCUCCAGCAGCUGCGGUUCCUCAUGUACGAGGAGCAGCGGAAGUACAACCUCAGAAACAAGGGGUCGGGUCAGGCCUCCAUCUGGUCCAUCUUGGCGAUGGCUCAGCGGGAGCUAGAGGGCAAGCUGAAGAUCGAUAGCCUGCGAGGCAGCUGUCAGCGAUUUCCAUCGCCCAUGAGUCUAAUGGCCCACGGUCGCCAAACGGGUGGCAGAAAUCCUCUAGAGCCAUUGAGAUCCUUCCUGAGUGGCUGUCCCUCGCGCCAAGACUUGGGGGAUGGUUUCGGUCUAGAGUCGGAAGAGGAGCUGAAACUGAAAGAGACGAAGCCCGCCAAGGUGACAAACCUCCAGGUCAACGAAAGUGUCCAAACACUGAUGCCCCCUAAUCUGAUGGACAAGUCCUCGCAAACUCGCUACACCUACAAGGACUCCUUUUAUAGGAAACCAAUUCUGCUCGGUUCCCAGGCGAACUACAAUCUCCAUGCCAAAAGUGUGGACUCCUCGGAGGGCAUCCGUCAAACACUUCUCUAUUGUCCUGUUUGCGCCAAAAAGCACCUCCAAGUGCCGCCAAGAUUUUGA